AUGGCGGCGCUUUCACCGCUCGCCCGUGCCGAAAACAGGCGCUUGACCAACCACGUCGAUGCCCACGGCAGAGAUGGCAGUGCUGAGCAAUUGUGGGGCAGUACAUGUCAGCGGCUGCUGCUGCAGCUAGAGCAGUUGAAGUCGAUUGCGGCUCUGCCUCUAGCAGGGGUGACAGAGCCGCGCGCAGACAUAUGUCAAAUCCAAAGCAUAAUCAGCGAGAUGCAGAGCGGACUGCUUCAGUCCAGGGAUGCGUGCGGAGCUUCGGGGCCAAUGGGGCCAAUGAGGCCAUCUGGAUCUGGCCCUAGCCUGGCUUUGGGAAGCCAUGUUUUGCAGUCCCUGGACAUCGCGAAGAAGCGCUGUGAGAACCUGAAUCGUGAAUUGGUUAGGCAGGCCCGAAGCCACGAGGAGCUUGUCACAGCAACGGCUGCAAUCAAAGAUGCAAACAAGCGGCUCUUGGAACAGACGCAGCUCCAACGGGAUGAGAUUGAGACCAUCGCGCAGCAAGGUGUGGCAGACGAACAGCGUCUGCAAAUCUCCCGCGCGAAGCAUGCAAACGACUACAGCUCCUGCCAGACCGAGUCAAGCCGGCAUCUUGCAGCAGCCCGCUCCAUGGCCAGCCACAGACAAGCAGCUGUGAAGUUGCGGGCGGCCGACAAACUCAGGCACUGGCGCAUCUACGGGCAGAUUUGCGUGCAGGAAGCAGACACUCUUCGAGCAGAGGCGGUGACGCUCAGGAGUGAUGCACAGGCUCUCCAUGCUGAGGUGCAGGCCCUGUUGGCUACCGCGCGGGACCGCAUGAUUUCCCACGGUGGCUGUGCGGAGGCUUCUGCUCGUCGUGCCAAAGCAAAUGUGGCGGUGCAGGCCCUGGCAGAUACCUUGAAGCGAGAGAAGGAGAGCCGCACUUUCGAGAAUGCCACCGCAAGCCACAGGCAAGGGCGCAUGUCUUCCGAGAUUGGUGAUCUCCAGGGGCGUUUGGGCCGUGAUCUUAGCCAGCUUGUCUCACAAUCCCAGGCCUUGGAGCGAACAAUGGUGGCGGACAAACAGGCUUGGACCGAGGAGAUGGAGAUGCUGAAGAGGAGGCACGAGGAAGACUCCAACGUGCAUGCUAGAGGCAAAGAGGACCUGGCUGCACUUCUUGACAGGCAGGCUCAGCUUCAGCUGCAACUUCUUGAAGUAGAGCAAGAGAUGCUGGCAAAGCAGAAGGAGGAGGUUCAGCUCAGAGGCGCCGCCCAGCAGACGGACGCAGCGCUAACGGCUGCAACGACUUGCGGGCGGCACCUACAGCAGCAAAUCGAAGAGCAGUCAGAGGCCCUUCAGCAUCGAAACGAGGCAGAGCUCACGAGUUGUCAAGAAGGCUUGGACCGCCUAGCCAGCAAGGAGGUAGCGCUUCUGGAAGGGCAGGGCGAAGGAGCACGAAGGAGGGCCCAGGCUUGGGAGCACAAGGUCCGGGAAGACGAGGAGGCGCUGCAAGAGCUUGAGGCGCAGAAUUUGGAGGCUGCAAGAGAGUGCGAGGCACUUGCCGGCCACGUAUCAGACCUGCGUGGGCAGCACGCCGCCGCUCAGGAGCAUCGCCGCAGCCUGGAGGAUCGCCUCGCUGAUGACCGCCGCGAAGCAGCCCUGGAGCAUGUCAAUCUGCAGGCCGCCACUGACCAGCUCACAGCAAGGAUCGUGGCACUGGAGGCCGAGAUGCAGAGGUCAGAGGAAUGCAACCUGCACCGCCGACGUGCCGCCACCGAUGCAGAGGUACGCGGAGCAGCGCGCGCCAGUUCCACAGACGGUGAGCUGACAGUGGCCAAGGCUGAGCUGACGGAUCUAAAGAAACGCUGGCAGCAGGCCGUCGAACUUCGAAGCAAGACGCAAGAAGAGGUUGGCAAGUUGAAGCAGCAGAUGGCACGGAUGGAGGCCGCCCUCUUGGGCGAGAUCCAGGGGUGCCAAGGUUCAUUCUGCGAAGAGCUUUCGGGGCUGAAGUUAGUGUUCAAGCAGGAGAAGGAGAAGGGAGAGCUGGCUCAGGCUGAGCUGCAGCAGCUGAAGAUGCAAGCAAUGGAACGGCUGCGGAGCGUCCAGGAGGAGCAGAGCCGAAAGCUGGCACUGACCCACCAGGCUAAGGUGAAGGCCGAGGGGGCACGACGAUCUGACCUGAAGAAUACGAGCGAGGCAGUUGCGGCCCAACAGCGCCACAUCCAAGCUUUGGAGAAGGAGCUGCAAAGCCUCAGGCACCUUCUCGAUGAGAACGACUGCAGCCUCUCUCGCAUCCGAGAGGAGCUGGUCUUCGAGGAGGGCAACCCGAACGCACGUGUUAAAGAGGAGGUCAUGAUGAUGCAGGACUCUGUGCUCAAGGCAGCAGAUGAAGAUGCCCGCUUGUCACAGCAGCUGGAGGCGACCCCAGAUGUCAUCGGCGUCGAGCAAGGCAUGAGAUUUAGGCAGCCGUACGUCCAGAUGAGGGAUACGGCAGCUGCUGCAAGGAGUCCGGGCAGGAGCUGCAGCUUUCGUGACUUGCACAGUCGGAUUGAUUGCCACCUUGAAAACAUACAGCGCCACAACGAGGAGCUGCACCACGGUCGCCGAGAUCCUUCGUAUGUGUUCCAAGAGCCAACCACUCUCCGUGCAGAGGCAACCAGGUGA